AUGGGCAGGGGGCACUUCUGGGGGUUUGGGGUUGAGCUGGUACCUGGGGAUGGGGAAGGUCUGUGUCCCAGCCUCUGUUUCCUUCCAGGGACCCUCCCCAAACCCAAAAUCUGGGCUGAGCCCAGCUCUGUGAUGCCCUGGGGGACACCUGUGAUGAUCUGGUGUCAGGGGAGCCUGGAGGCCCAGGAGUACCACCUGCAUAAAGAGGGAGACUCAUGGACCAGGGACACACAGAAGCCACAGGAGUCCGGGGACAAGGCCAACUUCUCCAUCACAUACAUGACAGAUGUACAUGCAGGAAGAUACCGCUGUGACUAUGAAUGCCCCAAUGACUGGUCAGAACACAGUGACCCCCUGGAGCUGGUGGUGGUGACAGGAUCCCAUGGCCAACCCAGCCUCUCAGCUCUGCCCAGCCCUGUUGUGACCUCAGGAGGGAAUGUGACCCUCCAGUGUGCCUCACGGAUGGGAUUCCACAGGUUCGUCCUGAUGAAGGAAGGAGAGCACCAGCCCUCUUGGACCCUGGUCUCCCAGUCAGUCCCCAGUGGGGGGACCCAGGCCCUGUUCCCUGUGGGCCCUGUGACCCAGAGCCUCAGGUGGAUGUUCAGAUGCUAUGGCUAUUACAGCAACACCCCCCAGGUGUGGUCGGACCCCAGUGACCCCCUGGUGCUGCUGGUCUCAGGUAUGUCAGGGAAGCCCUCCCUCCUGACCCAGCAGGGCCCUGUCGUGACCUCUGGACAGAGCCUGACCCUCCAGUGUCACUCUGAUGUCAGCUACGACAGAUUCGCUUUGUCCAAGGAGGUGGCACCUGACCUUCCAUGGCGGCUUGGCCGGCAGACCCAGCCUGGGCUCUCCGGGGCAAACUUCUACCUGGGCCUGGUGAGACCCUCCCACGGGGGCCGGUACACGUGCUACGGUGGACACAACCUCUCCUCCGAGUGGUCGGCCCCCAGUGACCCCCUGGACAUCCUGCUCGCAGGACAACUGCCCUACACACCCUCCCUCUCGGUGCAGCCGGGACCCACGGUGGCCCCAGGAGAGAAUGUGACCCUGCUGUGUCAGUCACGGAGCCCUGUGGACACUUUCCUUCUGUCCAAGGAGGGGGCAGCCGAUCCCCCCCUGCGUCUUAGAUCACAGUACCGAGCUGGGCAGCACCGGGCUGAAUUCCCCAUGAGUCCUGUGACCUCAGCCCACGGGGGGACCUACAGGUGCUAUGGCUCUUCCAGCACCUCCCCCUACCUGUUGUCACAGCCCAGUGACCCCCUGGAGCUCCUGGUCUCAGGUCCCCACUGGUACCUGUACAUGCUCUUCGGGGCCGCAGUGGCCUUCAUCCUGCUGCUCGGCCUCCUCGUCUUCCUUCCAGUUCAACACCGGCAUCGGGACAAAGGCAGGAAGUCGGGGGCUGCAGACCCGGAGCCCCAGGACAGAGGCCUGCACGACAGCUCCAGCCCAGCCCGUGCCGCCCAGGAGGAGAGCCUCUACGCUGCCAUGCAAGACACUCAGCCUGAGGAGGGGGUGGAGCUGGACCAUCAGAACACACAAGAUGAAGACCCCCAGGGACUUCCGUACGCCCAGGUGAGCUGGUCAAGAUCAAGAUUCAGGUGGGGACUGGCCACUUCUCCUUCCCCUGUGUCAGAGAUAUUGCUGGACUCGGAGGACAGACAAGCAGAGGAAAACAGGCAGAUGGACUGUCAGGUUGCUGCAUCUGACACCCCCCAGGAUGUAACCUAUACCCAGCUUCACCCCUUGACCCUCAGACAGGAGACAAGGGCAUCCCCUCCCUCCCAAUCAGGGGAGCCCCCAGCAGAGCCCAGUGUGUAUGCUGCUCUGGCCAUCCACUAGCCCAGGAGUGGUCCUGAUCCCACACUCCAUGGAGGGGGACCACAGGGACCUUGGAAGGCACAGGAGCCGCCCACAGUGGGUGCCACCUAAUGAUGACCCCAGCCAGCCUGGACUCUUCACAUGGACCAGUAAGAACUUCUGGGACCCUCUGGGAGUCACUGAUUCUGCCAUCAAAGAUAGUAAUACCUCUACACUUUGGAAAUCAAAGCAACAGGCUUCUCAAUUACCCAUGAGUGAAAUGAGAAAAUCCAAAUGGAAAUGAGAGAAUGUUUACACUGAAGGACAAUGUAAAUGUUACACAUCAAAUCUAUGAAAUGGGAAAAUAAGAACCAAGAACCAAUCUAUUAGAACAGAAAAAGACUAAAAUAAUUAAUGACAGAACCUAUUUUAUUGAGAAUUUGGGAAAAGAAUAGCAAGUUAUUCCAAACAAAGUUAGAAGGCAGAAAAUAAUAAAAGACAAGACAUAUCUAGUACUGAGGACACAUUUAAAAAUAGAGAAAAAUCAAUGAUGCUGAAAGUGUUCCUUUUUGUAAGCAAUGGUCACAUUUAUAAAUCUUAGCCACAAAACCAAGAAAAGAGAGAGAGAGAGGGAGGAGGCACACAUCACCAUUAUUAGGAUGGCGUCCCAUCCUACAGACUUUAAAUUUAGAAUGGAACAUUAUUAACUCUUUUAUGCUGAUAUAUGAGACAUGUAGAUGCAAUGGAUAAAAUUCUCAAAAUAGAAGCUACUAAAAUGAUGGAGAAGUAGAAAAUAUGUAUCACCUUAUGAAUACAUUGAAUGCAUUGACUGUGAU